AUGUCCGGAAAGCUUGAUAAGCCCCUCGACGAUAUCGUCUCUGCCCGCCGCAAGAGCGCUGGUAACCGUCGCUCCUCGCGUCGCACCACUGGCCGCACUGCCGCUCCUCCUGCUGGUGGCAUUCAGAAGGCCAAGCCCAAUGCCCGCGGCGCUGCCGCCAAGGGCGCGCAGGGCAAGACUUCCGGCCCUCUAGGAGAGAGCAAAGUCAUUGUCAGCAACCUGCCCAAGGAUGUCUCGGAGCAGCAGAUCAAGGAAUACUUUGUUCAGUCUGUCGGCCCCAUCAAGCGCGUCGAGCUCUCGUACGGCCCGAACUCUCAGAGCCGUGGCAUUGCCAAUGUCAUUUUCCACAAGCCUGAUGGCGCUAGCAGAGCCUUCCAGAAGCUCAACGGUCUCCUCGUCGACGGUCGCCCCAUCAAGAUUGAGAUUGUUGUCGGUGCCGCCCAGGCCGACAAGGUCAUCCCUCCUGUCAAGACUCUGGCCGAGCGUGCUUCUCAGCCCAAGGCCCAGCCCAGAUCUGCCGCUGGCAAGCAGAGCAACAACGCCGGCAAGGAUGGUGCCAAGGGCAAGGCUGCCAAGGGUCGCCGCGCCCGCAAUGCUCGUCCCGCCAAGAAAACGGCGACUGAGCUCGACGCCGACAUGGAAAACUACAUGGCCGAUUCUACGGCCAACACCGGCGCUGCCCCGGCCGCUGCCCCGGCCACCAACGGUGACUCCGCCAUGGCGGAUGAGAUUAGCUAA